AUGCCGAAAAGCACAAAAUCUCGUGAACAGUUCGAGAUCGGUUUGAAAUGUGCUCAUCAUAUAGUAUCAAAAAAUGGCCUGAAUCUUUUGCCACAUCAAGAUGAUGUAAUCGAUAAAAUUCAUUUCUCAGCUGAUGAUAUUUUAAGCAUCUCAGUAGCUAUGCAAGAUGAUAAGCAAUUCCAAAAUUUUACAACUGAUCGUGAAUAUCGCGAACAUAAGAAUGGCAAUAAUCCAUGUGAUGAAUCGUCAGAUCUUGAGGUGUGGGAAGGAGAUGAUGAAGAAUUAGGAAAUUUAAAAGUCGAUAAUAAAGAUUUAGAAGAUUCAAGAGGUUGGCCAGUGGAUGAAAUGUUUGAUGCAAACAACGCUCUUGGUGUAAAAAGUACUUUCGAUGGCGAUCUUAGCCAGUAUACAACUGCAAAUAUCGAGGGUGAUGGAAAAGCUCGAUUGAAAGCUGAUGAGAUUGCUCUUGAGAUUGAACGAAAUUCUGCGAGUGUUGCAAGAUUAAAGAUGGAAAAUGAUGAUGAUGAACGAGAUUUAGAUAAGGAAACACCUGAAUUCCAAGUUACGAGCAAUCGUCGAUCCAGUAAUAGCCGAAGUAUUUACUCUGGGCCAAGAGGUAGCCAUGGUAAUAGUAAUUCUAUGCGAACUGGUUCAGCACAAAUUAAACGUGAUGGAAUUGGUAACACUAGUCGUGGAGGCCGAAAUAUGAUGCAUGGACCAGGUGCGAGCUCUUCCAGAUCUUUUACAAACUCUUCGUUAGCGCAUGGAAAUAAAGGAGUAACUGGUUCUUCAUCAGCCAGUUAUGGUAUGCAGCAACGGUUUUAUUCAAUUGCAGAACGCAAUGAAAAUUCAAAUUUAAGUUGUCCAUCGGAAAUGCGCCGCAGUGUUGAAAUCAGCGGAUCAUUAGGAACGGGCAGUGGUAAUGUUGGUGGUGGUGGUGGAAGAUCAGCACGACAAUUUAAUAAUAUUUCUACGCAGAGUGGCAAAACCUAUGAAUCAAAUUAUCGCGGUGGACAACACAUCGACGAACAGAGGUUGAGUCAUGGUACUUUGCAUGCGAGUAGUAGUGGCGUGUCGUCUAAUGUAAAAGUAUAUAGUGGUAGUGGGUCGUAUGGUACAAGUCGAGGGGGGCAAUCAAAACGCGUUGAAAAUCUCCGCGAAUUCCAUCAGAAUUUCAAUAAUUCAUUUCAUUCGGCUCCUCGUUCAUCAAGUAUUGGAGAAACGUCCGCUAAUAUACAUGAUAAUACCGCCCAGGCUCAACGACCAGUCAGUGCGUGGAAUAAAGGUCCACCUUCAAGUAUCCGUUCUGGUCCUAUUUCUGCGCCUCUAGUAGUUGUUUUAGAAAUUGUUUCUACUAAGGAUUCAGCUGCAGCGGAAAACAGGUCUCAAGAAACAGUUUUUGAUCAAAAUCUAGGACUGCAUCUACAAACUGCCCUUCAGACAUCGAUUAGUCAGCCCCCACCAUCAUCUGGAUCUUCGAGUACCCUUAUGAAGGCUGUUGAUACUUCCACGUCAAAUAUUAUUCCAUCCAGCAGUUCUGCAGUCAUUGCUGUUUCAGCGACUCAACCAUUAUCGUCUUCUCCAUCAGCAUCCUCAGCAUCAAAAACAACAAUUAUUUCAUCUGCAUCAUCUUCGGAAGGGCAUCAGGCGGUAUCAACUGCUAAUGACGCGAGUACACCUUCUACUUCAAGCAAUAAAAGUUUUACAUGGAAUGUCAAUGCACCGCCAUUCACGCCACGUUCCCACGCAUCACAAUCGCAGACACCAAGUGCACAGGUAGUCACUACUCCUACAGUGCAAACUGCUCCACCAACACCAAGUGCGGCUAUUCCAUUGCCUCAAAAUAUCCAACCGGCAAAUAUUAUUCCACAUGCUGCUGCUCAACAAAUAUUUCCUUAUGCAACACCCAACGUUUACACGGCUACUCAUUUUCCUUUAUAUUACUCUGGAACAGGGAUUAUACAGAAUCCACAGUUGGGGCCUCAUAUGACUGCAGCUACAGCAAAUGUUGCUGGUGCACCAGUAAUGGCAGCAACACCAAGUAUAAAUGAUUCUCGUGGAGGGCAGUCAAAUUCUUCUGCUGUGAGUAAUCGAAGGGGGCAGUCGCUUUUACAAAGUAAUAGUGUCUAUGUGCCUUCGCAGCCUAUUAAUUAUGCUCAUGCGCAGCACAUGGUUCCCCAUUAUCAGGUUCCAUUCUACACGUCAUAUCAGCAGAUUUCGGUUGGCGCAGCUAACGUUCCUCCUCCAUCUCUUCCACCACCUCCUUCUAACACUGCUCCACCACAGUCCUUCCAGGUUAUUCAGACACAGCCACCUCACGCACAAAUGGCACCUUACGCAAGGCAGACAUUUUAUCCGAGUGCACAGCCUAUGGUUUUGUUGCAAUUUCAUAGAGAUUUACGAAUUAUUUCAAUUUUCAUCGAAAUGAUCGCCUUAUGUCGUCGUUUAAUUUGGCCUUUUACAUCCGAUAAAUUAAAUAUUUUAAUGAUCCUUGUAAAACGCUUUGCAGAAAAGGAAUGGGGCACUGUUCACUGUACGAAUUACAUGUUGGGCGCUACUCCAGCCAGAUUUACAACAAUUCAUCAUAGCAUUGAAUCUAUAUCAGGAAAUGCUGGUCAGAAUCCACUUCAAAGUGGCCAUCAGACGCAGCCAACAUCGAGCGCUGCAUCUAGUAAUGGAAACGGAUCAAAUGGUCAAAACAGUCAGCCGCCCACGCCUGGACCCCAGAAUGUUCCAUCACCGGCCCAGAUGCCGUAUCCGCAAUCGGGCACUCCACAAUCACCGCAUGCUAUUAUGGUGCAAAUGCCGCAUACUGGUGUUCAUUCACAACAUCCACAGCAUAUGUUCGUCCAAACUGGAACUGCGGUGAAAAGGAGGCGAAUUGUUUCAGUAGUAUUUGCAAUUCGUAUCAAUCUUCGUAUUUUUUUAACUAUACCAACAACUGUAUUUAAUAAUGAGUAUUUAGAAUUAACUAAUUUAAUCAUGAAACAGUUCCCAUUUAUAUCUGGCCAACCAACUGGCUAUAUGGUUUUCGGUACUGCACCACAUCAACAGCUGAUGCACGUACAUCCUUCAGCUGUGGCAACUGCUAGUCAAGUGCCCCUCUGUCAUGGUCAAGUGCAUCAUCAACAAAGUAUUGCCGCUGAUCAACAAAGUGCUCACCAACAAAAUCAGAGUAUUCAACAAGUAUCGGUCAGCCAGCUUCAGAAUUUUCAAGGAGAGCAACAACAGCAAUAUACUCAAUUUGUACAAGCUCAACCACCUGUUGUAUAUCAUCAACCGCAACCUCUCAGUAAUAUCACGGUAACCCGCCAAGUGAAUGUGCCUCCCGUUCCACAAGGUGCUCAACAAGGAUAUCCAGUUCGAAACACUAAAACGACUUAG